UUGACAGCCUCAUGUGAAUGUCGCUAUCCCACAAUAAGUGAAAAGGUGACGGUGGGAUGUUGCAGCAGGCUGAUGUGCAGUGACUGAGUGAUUGUAAUCCUUGUUGCUCCUAAAACUAAUAGUGCCCAGAUGACCACUAGAUUGAUAGGACGAUGGGCACGCUUGUUACCUCGUUGCCCCCAAGCCUCCGCAGUCGCUGCCCGCCUCCAGGUACCUGUGAUCCAGUACCCUGAGCCACUGUGGUCCCAGGCUUGGCUUCGCACCUCUGGGCGUUUCCUGUGUCAUGACAGGGGUCUUGCGCUGGAAGAAGACGGAAGCAUUCCAUUCAAGCGGACAGAGUUGGAGGAACUCGUUGACCAGGCCAAGUUGGCGGAGGAUGUGCUGCGAUUGUGGGAGGAGCGAGGAGGUUCGGCCAAUCAGGCGGCUAGGUGCCUGAUCCGUUUCAGCCGAUUGGCGGCUGAGAAAGGCGCUGCUGACAAAGCGGAACUGCUACAGGACCAUCGUUUAGCUGAGCUGCUGGAGACAGCCAACUCUCAGGUAGCGUCGGUGUGGAAUGGUAACCUGGUGAGUCUGUUACGAUCUCUCUCUAGCCUGGGUUUGCCUCCCAACUCGGUCGUACUGCGCUCUCUACAGACAGAGGCCUUAUGGAGGCUUCGCCGUCUAACAUACCGCCAGCUGGCCUUCCUGGUCGACUGGGCGACCAUUCUCAAAGCAAAGGGACAAGACGAUGAAGCACUCACAUCAGCUGUGCUGAAGCAAUUGGAGCUUCGUUGGACUGAACUGACUGAUCCCAGAACAGUCAGUACGCUCAUGGGACGCGCCCCGCAGCUCUCUCCUUCCCUCAUGGACAAACUGGAGGACAAGGCUCUGGAGUUGGCAGAACAUUUCAGUGCUGAGGAUAUCCGCAGGGUGGCACUGGCAUUGGCAUCUCAAGGGCGCAGGGCUGUGCCCCUGCUGAGGGCACUCUCCUACCACCUGCAUCAAAAACCCUCGGCUGAGCUCAACCCCCCCUUGCUACUCGACAUCGCCUACGCUUUCGGUAAGCUGAAUUUCCACCAAACUCAGGUAUUCCAGAGGAUUGCUGCCGAACUCUUGCCUAAUUUAUCAGAGCUGAAUCCCAUAGACGUCACACGUUGUGCAAAGUCCUUUGCUUUUCUGAAAUGGCUCCACAUACCUCUUUUUGAGGGCUUUGUAGAGCACUAUGUGAACAACAGUCAGAACUACAGCACAAUGCAGCUGUGUAAUCUCCUCAUGUCAUUGGCUAGACUCAACUUCCAUCCCAGCAAAGGGGAGGAGUUUUACAGAAAGGUGCACUCUGUUCUAGAAGGAACGCUUCAGGGUUUAGAGCCAUUUCUGAAGACUGAUGUGAUCUGGUCUCUGUGUGCGCUGCUACAAGUCAAGCCGGAGUAUGUGGCAGCCCUGUCUGACCCAGCCUUCCAAGCCAAACUCACAGCGGGUAGCGCAGUCCGUACCGAGAAUUAUCGCCUCAAACUUCUUCACAUCGCUGCCUCUGCAAAGUUGGAGCCCAAGGGAUCUUUGGGAACUUCUGCUGCACCCUUCACAGUGCACAUCCCAGUCCCGGAGGCCAGAGAAAAGACACCCACCCCUUUGCAGAACGGGUUGAACACGGCUCUCCUGAGCCUGGCCGGUGGAAGGACACAAGCUCUCCGCACCUCAGUCAACACAGUGUACGGCUGGACUAUCGAUGGAGAGCUGGUGGUGGAUUCUGAGAAUAAGCCCAUUGAUUUGGAAAACCUCACAGCCCCUCACUUACCUGGAGGCGGUGGAGCCAAUGCUCUCCCCGAGGGGGCACGCAGGAUUGCAUUUGUUGCCUUGGAGUACCCCAAUUUUAUCUCAAGGAGUAAAGAUCUUCUUGGACGCUUCGCUAUGCAGAAACGCCAUCUGCAGCUGGCGGGAUUUUUAGUGGUGGAGGUACCAUAUUUUGAGUGGGCGGAGCUGAAGUCUGAUUGGCAGAAAGUGGCGUAUCUGAAAGAUAAGAUAGGAAAGGCAGUGGCCGAGGACAUGGCCAAGUGAAACAGUAAAGUCUAAAAGUCUUUCCAAAAGCUACAAAAUUUAAUUAUGCUCACAUAAAACAGCACAGCAGUACAGUGCGGCUUACCAAAACCAACAAGACAGCAGGAACAACACCAGAAAAUCACAAAAGCCCCAAACCGAACUGGAAAGUACAGCAGAGGUUGUCCAAAAGUCCAAGAGUUACAAACUGCCCAUGCUAGUAGAAGAACGGACUUGAAGGUCUGAACAGAGAGAUGAUUGGUCCUGUGAACAAACGUCAGAUUACCGUCAACUGAGCAGCACACUCAGAGAAACACAAAGACAGGGGGGAAAAAAGCUUUGGAUCUGUUUGAGUGUUUUCAAACAGAUGGAUGUGGAACAUCAACAAAAAUCAGAGAGUUCGAUAUAUGUUAACUGAAGGGACUGAACAUCAUCUAUCUGUUUAAGUGCAGAUGCAUUAUGUACCCCAAUGCAAAACCAGAGCAAAAGAAACCAACCAGUGUCAAGAUCUAAACAAAAAACACAAACCUAAGGGUUCUAGAACACAGAACCUUCAGUAUGGAACCUUCAUCACCAUCUAAGAAGCAGACUUUGGACCAGGAGAAUGCAUGUGAACUGGACACAAUGAACAGGAAACAUGACUGAGCAUGCUUAACGGACAAGUUCUAUUCCCUGAGUCCUCAGAAAGACAAAGCAAGAUUAUCUCUCUGAAAACUCUCCAGCCACUAAUAAUAAACACACACUUACCUCCCUGUUUUAAUCCAGUUGCCUAGACAACACUUUUGGGCUUUCCUUGUUGCCAAGGAGACAGCUGGCAAAGCUGAACCAGAUGGUUAAGGAUAAAGGGGUUGCCCAGAAAUUGAGUGCAGUAUAUUGAAGACACCUUUAUUUGAGACCUUCAGAGCUAUUGAGAUGGUAAUGAUUGUAAAUCAGUGGAUCGGGGACAUUAAACAGUAUGUGGUAUUUAAAAAUGUGUAUGUGUUCCAUCGCACGAUAUUUGUUCGCUUGUAAUCAGAUCUCUCUCAGUGUUUUUUUUUUCCCAGUCAGUUUCACGCACAUCACUUUUCUGACCACUGACGUUUUGUUUUGUUUUGCUAUGCCCCAACAUUGACAAAAUUAAUCAGUGAUGAUUAAUGUGAUGCGUAGUUAGUGAAUUAAAUCUGGUGUGCGGGCGUUAGGGUUCAUCAUAAACAUUUAGAACUGUGAUCUUUUGUUGGAGUGCACUGAGAGAGACACUGAUCUCUAAACUCUGACUCAUUAAAACAGAAGACUUUAAAUGUACUGUAUAUUAUUGCUCAUAGGUGUUU